CUCCCCGGCCGCUGACGUUACGUACGCCGCCGUGGCGUGUCUGUAUGGUGCCUGCUGAGAGCCGAACAACAUGGAGUCCUCCGCCUGGCGUCUCCGAGGGAAUCCAGCGAAGAAGACCUGAGAGUGGAGUCAAAAACAACAACAACAGACAAAUAAAAACAGGAGCCACUUUCUCCGCCCGAGCCUCGGAGCGGAGCGGCGAAAAAGCUGCAGCUCCGUCCCGAAACCAUGACGAGCUAAAGCGGACAGAGUCGUCCUCCCCGAGUCGCUAACCCACCAGGCCGAUUCCUAGGAGGAGACACAAUGUAGGGCAAGCUGGUCASCAGUGGGUCUCCAUACUGUCCUCUGGGGGAGCAUGGAGCCAGAUGGGCAACUCAGAACCCCAGGGACCAGCUAUGGGUCCCCACCCUACGGUUCAGAUCACGAUCUGGUCAACCCUGACUUCUUCGACUGCAACUUAGGGUCACAUUCCCCAAAUCUGGGAGAUGGCCUGCCGUCUGGAAAAAGCCCGUGGAAUGUCUCCAUAGAGGAGAGGUCUGAGCAGAGUGAGGACUCUCAGCCUGCUGCAGACCUGCAGAGGGACUCACAGAAGAGUUUCAAGUCUUCAGCCUUCUCGUCGUCCCUCAGCUGGGACUCUGACUCAGAGAAAGAAACACUCGAUGAGGAGGAGCAACAGAACUUUUCUAACCCUCAUGGUCUGGCUGCUCACAGCCCAGGAUCUCCCUCAACUGGACUCAGGCCUGAUAGUGAAGAUGAUCCAGAAUGUGAGAAACUGCAGCACUUCCAUGCAGAUACCCCUGAGGAAGGGAACAGCGACAAGAAUGAGAGCACAAAGACAGAGGAGCCAAAUACAUGUGAGCUCGGCCAAAAGGAAUCGGCAGAAGGCAAAAGCUGGAACGUAUCUGAAGCUUUUCUGUCCAAAAUAAAACCAAAGGAAGGUUGCCAAAUGGAGGAGGAGGUUGAUGGUAGCGAGGGAGAGGUGACGAGAGCCAAGGGAAAAGAAUGUAAGGAGCUCGAAAGAGAUGUUUACACCUUCCCUGGAGACUCAGACCCUGAGAGUCCCCCUCCUGCUCCCUGGGCUCAUUGCACUUUUAUCCAGCGGUGCAGAAAGAAGAGGGUGCUUCUCAGGCCCUUCUCUGGGUUCGGCACGCCGAGGCGCACAUCACCAGAGGCUGGCAAGUCGACAACGCCGGGACCUCCGACAACGAACACUGCUGAGGCGGCACCUCUGAGUCCCGAGGUCUGUGAUUUAGAGGAAGCCGAGGGGAGCGCGGCGAAGAAGACGAGCGAAAGCGCUGAGGAAGAGGAGGGUAGGGAGGAGUCCAGGACCAAAAUCUUCACCUGCGUGGAGUGUAGCAUUUACUUUAAAAAGCAGGUCCACCUGCAGGAGCACAUGACGGAGCACUGUCAGGGGGUAGCGGAGGGAGGCAGGCGCUCGGGAAAGGGCAGCCGUUUGCAGUGCAGCGAGUGUGGCUGGACCCUGCCCACCCGCCUCGCCCUGAUGGACCACCACAGAAAGCACCAGGAGUCCAGACUGAAGAUCCUGGAGGAGAUUGAGAAACUGAACGAAAAGGAAAAGAUGCAAGACACCCAGAUCCAUCAUCCAUGUUCUGACCCGACCGCCGCACAACCCAAUCUGGGUGAAACGUCGGGGCCUGAAACAGGGGGCACGCCACCUUUAUCCCCCGCUUCASUUACAGCGCAGGACACAGAUUCAACAGUCAUAGAUUUGGAUGUGAUUCCUCUGAGUUCAGAUCGAAGUCCGGCUCAGGCACGGACCGCCUCAGGCUAUCGCCGCCGCUUCGUCUGCACCGAGUGCAACUUCAGCACAAAAACGUCCCAGGCCCUGGCAAACCACUCCAAGACUCACAACAGGAACAAAGUCUCGAGCCUGGCCUCCGGCUCCCUGGCGUGCGGCCACUGUGCCUUCCAGACCACGAGUCGGACCCGACUCAAGGAGCACCUCACCGUCGUUCACUCAGAGGCGUCCAUCAGCGGGCGGCGGGAUGACGAAAUCAGAAAAUCCUCAAGGUCUAACCACCUCCUCCCUGACCUCAAAGCCCGACACGACACAACUGAAGGAACCGCCGCUGCAGAGGAAAAGAUGACUGCGGACCCCAGCUGUGGAUGGAGCAGGAGAUCCAGAGCAGGAGGGAAGACCUCCACUGAUGUGUCCGGGUUUGAUCCGGAGGAGGAUGAUGAUGAUGAUGAUGAUGAUGAUGAUGAUGAUGAUGAUGAUGAUGACGGGCUGCCUGGGAAUGAAGAGGAAGAGCAGGAAGAUGAUCACAGCGGAGAGUUUAAUCCUCAGCAUGAGGCCGACUCAAAUGUUGGAGGGAAUCUGCACAGCAGAGCUGAUAACUCUUCACGGAGGCAGAAAGCUACGCUAACACCUGCUAAGCAGCGAAAAAAGAAAAAAGGCAAAGAGGAAGCAGAAACGGACAGAAAGGUUUUCUUCUUGAGGAAGAGGAACAACAGAAUUCCUGCAGCUUCUGCGCAAACCGACAGCGACGACGACGAGCGCGUGCCUCGUUUCCUGCCGGAGGGCAUGCUGGAUGACGACGACAUCGAYGAGGACGCGCUUAAGAGCGUGGAGAGGAAAUGCCCCUACUGCCCCGAACGGUUCCAUAACGGCAUCGGGCUCGCCAAUCAUGUGAGGGGCCACCUGAACCGGGUGGGGGUCAGCUACAAUGUGCGUCACUUCAUAUCCCCCGAGGAGGUCAACGAGAUUGAGAAGAAGUACUCCUAUCAGAAGAAGAAGAAGAAAGAGGUUUUAAGAAUUCAUCUUUCUGAGCUCCCACUUCCGUCACCUCUUCUGUCUCCAGUUGCCAACUUCGACCCGGACACCUUCAGUGUGAUGCACUGCGAGUUCUGCAGYGCCGGCUUCGACACCCGGGCCGGCCUGUCCAGCCACGCCCGGGCCCACCUCCGCGACUUCGGCAUCACCAACUGGGACGUAACCAUCUCGCCCAUUCACAUCCUGAGGGAGCUUUUYUCCAGCCGGCCGGAYCUGGUGAUCCCUACGGGACCCCCACGCAGCUGUGAAAGCUCCUCUGAGGAGGAAGAUGGAGGAGAUCUGGAUGAGGAUGAGAGUGACUCUGAAGAGGGAGGAAUAAUUAGGGUGAAGCUGGAAGGGGAGACCAGCGACAGGAGCCUCAGCCCUUCAGAUUCAGCACAUCAUCAGGACUUAAAGACAGAGGAAGGAGAGGGUGAUGAUGAGGAGGCAGCUGAAGAGGAAGAGGAGGAGGAGGAGGAUCUGCGGUUUGCUUCUCUGGAUGGUCGGAGCUCCAGUCCCAGGAAGGAUAACAGCCUCUCACCCCGGGAGGAUGCAGACACCAAGGUCCGCAGCCUGAAGUGCGAGGUGUGUAAUUCUCAGUUUGGAAGCAAGCGCGGCCUAUCCAUCCACGCCCGCGCUCACCUGCGCCAGCUUGGCAUCACCGUGGCAGAGAACAGCGGGCCGUCCAUCGAGAUCCUUCACAAAAUUGUCAARGAUCGCAGCAUCGACGGCAAAUUCAACAAACUGCUCCUGAAGCUGAGCUCAACGAAGAACACCUCCCUGUCUGCUCCCCMGAAAGAUGAGGAGCCCGAAGACUUGGACAAGAAGCCCCUCGCGCUCUCCGUCGUGGCCAAAGCAGCGAAGCCAGUGCCACCACCUUCCGCCUCCCCCACGCCCACACCUUCUCCUUGUGCCUCUCCAGCUCCAUCUCACUCUGGAUCACCUUCAYCGGUAGUGAAGAAAGCCCCCAUUUCCUCUCUACUGCCUGUGUCUUCCCCCUUGCGCUCCCCCGAGCUCAAGGCUGGGGGAAUAAAAAGCCUGACCUCUAAUCUUUCUGCUGCCUCUACAAUCACAACAGCCAAACCGCUCUGGGCACCACAGGAGAACGACGCUCCUCUGAACCUCACCCUGGAGGCGGACACGGAUAAGGACUUGGUUUGCCAGCUGUGUGGGGCCUGGUUUGAAACACGCAAAGGCCUGUCCAGCCAUGCUCGGGCUCACCUGCGACACUUUGGCGUGGAGUAUUCUGAAUCCAAGGGUUCCCCCAUCAGGCUCCUGAAUGAGUUUAUGGAUACUGAUGACUUUAAGCACAAAGCCAGUGCGCUGGAGCUGGACAGUCCUCCGGAACCGCAGAGCAUAUCUGCAGCACUUUCCUCAUCCAAACAGCCUCUGCUGACACUCUCUUCUUCCUCCUCUUCAUCACUCAUCUACAAGGUGACCACAGCUGGGGGUGGGUCAACAUCCAAAGCUACCUCUUCCUCCUCCUCUGCCUCGUCUUUACCUGGCCCACCCGCCAAGCGUCUCAAAACCUCUUCCAUGCAGGUUUUCCGCCUCAGUAGUGGAGAGCUUAUGGCUGUUCCACACAGUGAACCUCCAAAGGAAAUAGGCUGUGAGUAUUGUGGGGAGUAUUUUGAAAAUAGGAAGGGCCUUUCCAGCCACGCUCGCUCCCACCUGCGCCAAAUGGGCAUUACGGAGUGGUCUGUCAACGGUUCACCCAUCGACACCUUACGAGAGGUCAUYACAAGGCGAGGCCUGCCUUGCGCCCUUCCUCUAAAACCUCUCAAAACCCCACCGCCAUCUUCCCCGAUACCCCCUCGUUCUCCUCUCUCAACCUCCUCAUCUCCCUCGGGUAGCUUCCUCGGCCGCCUUCCCUUUUCCUUCGCCCGCCCCUGCAGCCCUCCUCAGGUGGCGGYGUCCAAGUCCAGCUCAGGUCCUGUGUCGUCUCUGAGCAGCCUGACGCUGAAGCCAAAACCCGAGCCGGUGCAGCUGGAGGUCACCAAGCCAGGGGUGGUGGGGAGAUCUGGAGGCUUUCCUGCUGAAUCUCUUAGCUCUAGCUGGGGCAGCUCUGACAAUGGGUGUCCACUCAACUUGGUCAUGACGAGUGAAGUUGAGCCUUCGAGGGACAUUCGCUGUGAGUUCUGUGGGGAAUACUUUGAGAAUCGCAAAGGUCUCUCCAGCCACGCGCGCUCCCACCUGCGACAGAUGGGCAUCACCGAGUGGUCGGUCAACGGCUCGCCCAUCGACACGCUGAGGGAAGUCAUGAAAAAGAGAGGGCGAGGCGGCUCAUCCCACUUGAACCAGGAAGUGAAGAAAGAGUCGACUCACGGGGCCAACAGCCCCUCGUGGGAUAAUGCAAGCAGCACUGGCAGCUCAGAGGGUUUGGGUGCUUCAAGUUACCAGUCCUCCAAACUCCAUAAAUCUCCCCUUAAUUUGGUCCAAUCCAGAUCAAAGUUCCCAAAGCAGGGCCUGGGCUCUGUGGGUCUAUUUGCGCCUCAGCCUGCAGGCAAGUUUUUCAGGAUGUCCCCACUGGGCAAAAGGCCUUCAUCAGAGGAGGCCGGGGGCCAGAGAUCAGUGGAGAUGGCUCAGUCACCUCCACAUCGACUUAAAACUUUCUCCUCGCUUCCRCACGACUUCUCAUUUAAAAGAAAACCCUCACCAGAUAAGCUUGCACACCAGGACCCUAGCUGUGAGCUGUGUGGGUUCUACUUUGAGAACCGUAAGGCUUUAGCCAGCCACGCACGGGCCCACCUGAGGCAGUUCGGCGUGACGGAGUGGUCCGUAAAYGGGUCGCCCAUUGAGACGUUGAGCGCUUGGAUCCGCAGCCGUCCGCAGAAAGUGCUGGAGAUGCACCGGAACUACAUGCAGGGGAACCGCAACACCCUUAAAAAGCAGAAGGCCCACUCCUCGUCGUCCUCUUCCUCUCAGUGGUCGUCUUCCUUGGCUGUGAGCCUGGCGCGAUCGCAGAACCACAAAAUCAGCCAGAGUUCUUCGGAGUUAGGGGAGGACGAGUCUGGCACCAGUCUCCGGGCAGCGCCCAUCCGGCCCGGUCACAGCAGUCCCGGCUCUUCGCGRCUCAGUGGGAACCUCCCACUUCAAGCACAGGUGGCUCGCAGCGAGCUGAACGUCCGCCUGCCAAGAGGUUUUGAGCGACGGCCUUUGAAGCACCCGUCAUGCCCAGAUGGAGCAGAAAGGGACAGCGGCACUCCAAAGCCCCCACGCACAGGCACCAUCCCCGCCCUGGUGCCCAAACCGCCCUCCUACCCUCUGGUCAAACUGGUGGGCAAAUUCUACACCCUGAAGUGCCGGUUCUGCGAGGUGGAGUUCCACGGCCCGCUGUCGGUGCAGGAGGACUGGAUCAGACACCUCCAGCAGCACAUCCUCAAGAUGAACUACAGCAAGUCGGCUGCUUCCAAAGCCACUCCCGCUGAGCCCCCGAGCUCGGCUGAUGACCCGGCCCCGGCCUCCAUCCCUACCUCCAGGACCACCUCCACCCCGACCCGCUCCACGGCCCCCAGCAGCCGCUCCCCUUCGCCUCCGGCCGAGUGUGCUCCUGCCAUAACUGCCACAGAAAUAGAGCAGGUCCCAGAGGAGAAGCCCGCCAUAAUGUCAGCCCCCAUCCCUGUCCCCCCUCAGAUAGUCUAAGCUCCAGCUCGUCGCCCACUGUCGUAAUUCCACCACUUUCCUUCCUUUGACCUUCACUAAGUGUCAUUCAGGAGGAGCGUUGUUCAUCUAAAGAGCCCUCUGAGCCCUGAGCAUCUUUGAAGCAGCUCUGGACUGUUUUGAAGUCCCGUUACCAUGGGAACAAAAUCGUCCUGGCUUAUCAGUGGAUUGGGGGUGGAUGAUUAUAGGAAGUGUCCAAGGUUAUGAGGAGAGCGUUAGUAAUGUUUUGUGUUUGCCUUGUUUAUAUUGAAUGUUCAGACAUUACUGUACCUCCCCUGACCCGUGGGAGAUUAAGAAGCUAAUGAACCCUUUAUGAAACAGUAAGCCCCCUGUCGACCCCCCCAUGUCCCCUCAUGAACGAGACUUGUGAGACAGCGACCCUUUCUACCAGCACACCGGUUCUAUUGGCUUCAGCCUUUUCAAGUUCCUCAGUGAGAUUUUAAAGGACAUGUCUAAUCACAUCAGUCUCGAGGUUGAGACUUUAAACGUGUGGUAACACUUAGUGUUAACAAAGGCACUUUUUAAUUUUGACAUUGUCACUCAGCACUUAACAAAAAAGUGCAACUUCAAUGGCUUAAGGAGGAAGUCUAUUUCCAAUCGGAGCAAGCAGCAGAAGCACAGCCUGAACCUUUUGAAUCCAACACCGUUCCCCAGAUCUCCAUACAUUUAGCUUGAAUGUAGCAGGAAGCAUCUGCUCUCACUCGAAGACACUCGGACACAAUCAGACUUUCGCCCUGGGCUCAGACGCCACUGAUAGUUGGCCCGGUUGAUUACUGCUCCACAGCUGCUGUUAUGUUGAAGACAUUUCACUUCCUCCACUCACAGUUGCCAUUUUCUUCCUGCCUUCUUUUGUAAAUGUAACCCAAAUAUUUUGUUUAUUAUGUUACACCUGAAUGUGGUAAGUUAGUUGUUUUUAAAAGCYAAGCUAUAACUUAGGAGUGUUUUGAAAACAGUAUGUGUGUUAGGUUUUCAUAGCAAAUUCCCAUUUUUAUUCAAGAAAAAGGUUUUAGUAAACCUGCUUAAUGAAAAGACACUUUCUGUCUACACUACAAGUAUUUAUUAUAAUAGUCUUUUCUCCAUCCUCAAUUCUAACAAAAAGAUUAAAUACCUUCGAUGUGCCACUAGGUGGCAAAAACACCUUAUUCYAGAGCAAUUCAACAGGUGGUCCACAGGCGGGUGACUUCAGUCUGGCCCAUCAAUGAGUUCGUUGAAAUUUUUUAUUUAUUAUUUUUUUCCAGAUUUGAAUAACAAAUAUUUCAGUCAAUGUGGCAAUCCUGUUUUAUAAGUGAAUGACAAUACGAUAUUUCUCUUUCACAAAGCCUGCUGUGAUUUGAUUUCAGUUCAGUUCAUGAGUCUGUAAUUGUUAUGAUGCGAUGUCGUAUGCCCAAUAGGCUUGGGCAUUGAAUUACUGUAUUGAAAUAUGGUGACRGCAUUUAAAAAUUAUGACGCUA